AUGUCCGUCUCACUCUACGAAGCCACAGUCCCAGGCUUCAUCCAGCACCUCAACACCUUAGACAGACUCCUCACCAAAGGCGAAAACCACGUCGGCGAAGAUGGCCACCAGAAACUCCUCGACGCCCGUCUCAUCGAGGAUAUGAAGCCACUCACCUACCAAAUCCAAAGACUCUCGGACACCAGCAAAUUCCUCGCCGUCCGUGCCGGUGGCAUCGAAUCUGAGCCAUGGGUUGAUGAUGAGACUACCUUCCCUCAAUUACACGCUCGAAUCCAGAAGACGAUCAAGUUCUUGGAGAAAUUGGAUGGAAAGUUCCCAGAGGAUGUUGCUACGAAGGAAGUCGAUUUUUCAGGCCGAACGAUGCCGGGCAAGGACUACAUUCUUCGAUUUGUGAUCCCGAAUUUUUUCUUCCAUUAUGUUACUGCGUAUGGGCUUUUGAGAAAGGAGGGUGUUCCUGUUGGAAAGCUGGAUUACUUGGGACAGACUCAGUAA